GUGUUGUCAAGACCUGCUCACUCGCUACGCUCUCGUGCUAGCGGUCACACACGCAUUCAAAUCCCCGCUAAUUCUGCAGGCAACACUCUCUUCAUUUGCCUCCUCUGAUUUUCUUAUGAAUCCUGAGUAAGGACGCUGAAGGAUGCCCACGUCGGCCUCCCUCGCGGUCUUUCUCCUGCUGACCCUGACCCCGCGCCACGCCCACGCCCAGUGCCUCUCCGCCCACGAUGACCUGACCGGCCUGCAGACCUACCACGACAUCUCGGGCAUGGUCAGCUUCGCCUUCGACCUCUUCAGGGAGCUGCUGGAGAGGACGCCGACGGAGGGUAAUCUGUUCUUCUCCCCCUACAGCGUGUGGAAUGGGCUGGUGCUGGCUUACCUGGGCGCCGAGGGCAAGACGAGGCAGGAGAUGGAGGAGGUCAUGGGCGUGAGGGAGAAGGUGUCGACUCUCAAGACCUUAUGGCUCUUGGAAAAGACGUACCAAUCGCGGCAAAUCAAAAACAGUUUCAACACCUUCGUUUUAGCCAACCGCGUGUUCGUCGACGCAAGGGUUCCUCUCAGUGCCUGCGCCGCGGACAUACUGAAGGAUCACAUUCAGGUCGUCAACUUUUUAAAGUACCACGAUGCCACAAACAUGAUCAACAAGUAUACGUUCGAGACCACACGCGGCCUCAUCUCCAACGUCGUGAACGAACGCGAAAUAUACCAGGCUAUUAUGGUCAUGGUGAACGUGGCCGCUUUCAAGGGGCUCUGGCGACAUCAGUUCCGUCUGAAUGACACUUAUUUGGGGAAUUUCUACGUCACGCCUGAGAAUUACGUGCAGGUUCCGAUGAUGAAGCAAGAGGGACAGUUCAGAAAUGGGAUGUCGAGGGACUUAGGAGCUCGGGUCCUCGAACUCCCAUACGCCGAAGGUCCUUUCACCAUGUACAUCUUCCUGCCGACUGGAGACGUGAAGGACCUCCUUUCCCGCCUGAACCCGACGUCCUUCCGCUCCGCCAUCACCAACAUGUGGCACCACCAGGUUACCAUUCACCUGCCGAGGUUCACCUUGCGCUCGUCCAUCAAGGGGGACCUCAAGCUGGCCCUGUACAAACUCGGCAUCCGGGACCUGUUCAGCGAGUCGGCCGACCUGACCAGCCUGGCGCCCCGAGGAAGCCUGGUGGUGAGCCGCACGUUUCACCAGGCGGCGCUGCAGGUCACGGAGGAGGGCACGGAGGCGGCGGCGGCGACGGUGUUCGUGUCCCUCUCCCGGACGAAGCCUCCUCCUCCGUCGACCUUCGCGUGUGAUCGUCCCUUCGUCUUCGUGAUCUAUGACAGUCAGACGGGCAAUUUCGUCUUCGUGGGGGCCUUUAGAAAUCCUGCGUUCUGAGACUUUAUUUUCUCUAUUUUCUUAAUGUUUUCUCUUUCUUUCGGUUGUUUCGUAAGGCGUGUGGAUUAUUUAUUGUAUCUUUUAGGUUUACGUUAUACUUUUAGGAAAUUUGAAGAGGAGGUAAUUUUCCUUUUCUUUAUUUUUUGUGUGUGGUUGUCUUGCUCUUUAUUCAUCUGGCUAUUAUUUUAAAAAAAU